UAUACAAAUGGCCAGAAUAUGGUUGUUCAUUUUUGCAAAGCCAUACAGAUAACUGUGUUUACCUUUUCUAGAAAUUAUUUUCAAUUGCUGUUUUCAGGCAAAAUGUCUAUCACUGUUCAUGUUCAUUUUCACAAAUCUAUACAAGAAUGCAGAAUAUGGAAGUCUAUACAAAUUGCUUAUUACCAAUAACUUGCAUCAAUGCUUUCAGUAGCCUUUAUCAAAAGCUCCUGCUCACUUGUUGUGAAUUAUACUUUGGUGCACAUAUUUCCAAUUCAACCAUGAGGCCUUUUUGAAGUAAGUAAUUAAUGUGUAUAUAAGAAUUAUUUAGUUAAACUUAGCAGCACCUCACCAUUCUGGUUUGGUCUUCAAUGUGUAAAGCCAAGAUGCCCAGACCACACUAGGUCAAGCCUCACUUGUUCAUUCCCCUAUUUGCGACGUUACUUUGCUUUUACAGUAUUAAGUAGCACUUUGGUUAUAUCCUACAUUCCAGAAAAUGUAGUUCUAUACAAUUUGUCUACUUGUUAUUGCUAUGCUGUUACUAUUUAUUGUUUAAAGUGUGGAUUUCCCUUUACUCUAAAACAUUAGGCUGCACUACCUUUGAAAUGUUGUAAAUGUGGUAAAAGCUCUUGCUGAUCCUGCAAUCUGAACAAAUACCAAGAUGCUGUAUUUUCAGCUGAUAUUUCAUUUGUUUAUGGAAAUGCAUAUUUUUUAUGCAGUGUUGAGGAAUGUGAAAGAACACCCUUGAUUAUUUUUACUGUGCUAACUUAUUUUGCUUUUGUAAGCCAACACUUUUGAGAUCAGUCAAUAAAUGCUUCUUAGUAUUGACUUAUAUGCUGCCCCUGUCUUUAUGUUGUUGCUGGACAUAUCUUUUUAAAAAUGUGUGUAGGUCACCUAAAUCUUCAGAAAAUUGCCCCCCCUGAGAAUUUUUUCAGGAGCCAUCACUGCUUGAGAGGAGACCUUUACUGUUUUGUCAUUCAGGGAUCUGAAAUGGACACGGAACCUGUAAUUCCCAUCCUUUCUAGGAGCUGUAACGACUGAUGACAACCAUGGACUUGAUGGCUUGAUUAUGCCACUAGCCAUCAUCACUUUUAGCAUCUGAUUUACAGCAGCUUGGUGGGCAUAGGGAUAAAAGAUGGCAACGCCUCAAGAGGUCGUCUUACGAACUUUAGAAGACUUGGGAGCUGAGGACUUUCAAACAUUUCAGUGGUACCUACAGCUGAAUGGGUGCCUUGAAGGCUUCCCAGCAAUCGCAAAGAGCAAAUUGGAGAAUGUAAACAGGGUGAAGACAGUGGACCUGAUGUUCUCGACCUACAGUAUGAACACCAUUAAUGUGACCAGAAUAGUUUUAGUGAAAAUGAAUCAGAAUGAUCUAGUGAAGAAUUUAUCAAACACCAUCUCAGAACCUGCAGAUAUUCUUGUUGCAUGCCAGAGAAACAUCAAAUCCAAGUCAAAAAAGAAGUUCCAGUGUGUUUUUGAGGGGAUUGCUAAAGCCGGAAACAAAACCUUUCUGAAUAAGAUGUUCACAAAGAUCCACAUCACAAAGGGGGGGACUGCAGAAGUAAAUGAUGAACAUGAGGUCAGACAGAUUGAAACAGCUUCCUGGAGACAAUACAGACCAGAAACAACAAUCAGAUGUGAAGACAUCUUAAAACCCCCACCUGGAAGAGAUGAACCAAUCAGAACAGUGAUGACUAUGGGAGUGGCUGGCAUCGGGAAAACAGUCUUAACACAGAAGUUCACUUUGGACUGGGCUGAAGGCAAUGCCAACCAGGACAUCCAGUUCACAUUUCCAUUCACUUUCAGGGAGCUGAAUGUGCUGAAAGAGAAAAAGUUCAGCUUGGUGGAACUUGUUCAUCGCUUCUUUAGUGAAACCAAAGAAGCAGGAAUCUGCAGGUUUGAAGAGUUCCCGGUUGUGUUCAUCUUUGACGGUCUGGAUGAGUGCCGACUUCCUCUGGACUUCCUCAAUACUGAGGUCCUGACUGAUGUUACAGAGUCCACCUCAGUGGGUGUGCUGCUGACAAACCUCAUUAGGGGGGAACUGCUUCCCUCUGCUCGCCUCUGGAUAACCACACGACCUGCAGCAGCCAAUCAGAUCCCUCCUGAGUGUGUUGACAUGGUGACAGAGGUCAGAGGGUUCACUGACCCCCAGAAGGAGGAGUACUUCAGGAAGAGAUUCACAGAUAAGGAUCAGGCCCGCAGAGUAAUCUCCCACAUCACAUCUCCUGCAUCACGAAGCCUCCACAUCAUGUGCCACAUCCCAGUCUUCUGCUGGAUCACUGCUACAGUUCUGGAGAAGGUGUUGGAACCCAGAGAGGGAAGAGAGCUGCCAAAGACCCUGACUGAGAUGUACAUCCACUUCCUAGUGGUUCAGUCCAAACGGAAGAAUGUAAAGUAUGAUGGAGGAGCCGAGACAGAUCCACACUGGAGUCCAGAGAGCAGGAAGAUGAUUGAGUCUCUGGGAAAACUUGCUUUUGAGCAGCUGCAGAAAGGCAACCUGAUCUUCUAUGAAUCAGACCUGACAGAGUGUGGCAUUGAUAUCACAGAAGCCUCAGUGUACUCAGGAGUGUUUACACAGAUCUUUAAAGAGGAGAGAGGACUGUACCAGGACAAGGUGUUCUGCUUCGUUCAUCUGAGUGUUCAGGAGUUUCUGGCUGCUCUUCAUGUCCAUCUGACAUUCACCAACUCUGGAGUCAACCUGCUCGCAGAAGCAGAAUCAUCUAUUUGGUUUCAACAAGGUUUCUACCCAAAUGCUGUGGACAAGGCCUUACGGAGUCCAAAUGGACACCUAGACUUGUUCCUCCGUUUCCUCCUAGGUCUGUCACUGCAGACCAAUCAAACUCUACUGCGAGGUAUGAUGACACAGACAGAAAGUAGCUCAUGGACCAAUUGGGGAACAGUUGAGUAUAUCAACAAGAAGAUUAAUGAGAAUCUGUCUGCAGAGAGAAGCAUCAAUCUGUUCCACUGUCUGAAUGAACUGGAUGAUCGUUCUCUAGUGGAGGAGAUCCAACAGUCCCUGAGUUCAGGACAUUUCUCCACAGUUAAACUGUCUCCUUCUCAGUGGUCAGCUUUGGGUUUCAUCUUAUUGUCAUCUCAAAAUGACCUAGACGUGUUUGACCUGAAGAAAUAUGGUGCUUCAGAGGAGGCUCUUCUGAGGCUGCUGCCAGUGGUCAAAGCCUCCAACAAAGCUUUACUGAGUGAUUGUAACCUGUCAGAGAGAAGCUGUGAAGCUCUGUCCUUAGUUCUCAGCUCCCAGUCCUCUAGUCUGAGAGAGCUGGACCUGAGUAACAAUGACCUGAAGGAUUCAGGAGGGGAGCUGGUGUCUGCUGGACUAAAGAGUCCACACUGCAGACUGGAAACUCUAAGACUGAGUGGCUGUAACCUGUUAAAGAGAAGCUGUGAAGCUCUGUCCUCAGUUCUCAGCUCCAAGUCCUCUAGUCUGAGAGAGCUGGUCCUGAGUAACAAUGACCUAAAGGAUUCAGGAGUGAAGAUGGUGUAUUGUGGCCUGAAGAGUCCACAUUGCAGACUGGAAACUCUCAGACUGAGUGACUGUAACCUGUCAGAGAGAAGCUGUGAAGCUCUGCCCUCAGUUCUCAGCUCCCAGUCCUCUAGUCUGAGAGAGCUGGACCUGAGUAACAACGACCUGAAGGAUUCAGGAGUGAAGAUGGUUUCUUGUGGCCUGAAGAGUCCACACUGCACACUGGAAACUCUCAGGUUGGUGUUCAUCUGUUUUAUGAGCUGUCAUUUUCUUCAUUUACUAAUUUGUGUGUUCAGUCUGUCAGGCUGUCUGGUCACAGAGGAAAGCUGUACUUCUCUGGUCUCAGCAAUGAACGCCAACCCCUCCCAUCUGAGGGAGCUGGACUUGAGCUACAAUCAUCCAGGAGACUCAGGAGUGAAGCUGUUGUCUGCUAGACUGGAGGAUCCACACUGGAGACUGGACACUCUCAGGGUGGACCCUAGUGGACCACAGUGGUUGAAACCAGGUCUGAGGAAGUAUGUCUGUGAACUGGAACUGGAUACAAACACAGUGAACAGAUACCUCAAACUGUCUGACAACAACAGGAAGGUGACACGUGUGAGAGAGGAUCAGUCAUAUCCUGAUCAUCCAGAGAGGUUUGACUGUUGGUCUCAGCUGCUGUGUAGAGAUGGUCUGACUGGUCGCUGUUACUGGGAGGUUGAGUGCAGAGGACUGGUUUUUGUAUCAGUGAGUUACAGAGGAAUCAGAAAGAAAGGAGACAGUAGAGACUGUUUGUUUGGAGGGAAUGAUCAGUCCUGGUGUUUGGACCACUCAGAUAGUGGAUACUUUGUCUGGCACCAUAACAAAGAAACAUUCAUCCCAUCCUCCUCCUCCAGUAGAGUAGCAGUGUAUGUGGAUGUUCCUGCUGGCUCUCUGUCCUUCUACAGAGUCUCCUCUGACUCACUGAUCCACCUCCACACCUUCAACACCACAUUCACUCAACCUCUUUAUCCUGGGUUUGGUGUCUGGAAACCUGGUUCCUCUGUGACUCUGUGUCCUCUGCAGGACUGAGAGUCUCUCCUGUGGACAGAAACACUGACUGAAGAUCAGCUGCUGAAAUCAGAGUUCAGUCUGUUCACCAUCACACACACUCUGCACUGAGAAGCAGAUCUGAUACUCAAACACAAAACAUUUAUUUGUCUGAGCAACAUUUUUAAACUAUAUUUUCUGAUGUUUAAUCAAAUCUUUACUUUCCAUCUUGAGGUCAAUCAUUUUUUUUUAUUUGAUCACUUGUAUGAUUUCUCUCAUCAGUUGACUCUCUUUACUGAGUUUCAACACAUUUCAAUCAGGAGAGACUUUGUUACAGAUAAGCAAAGAUUAAUUGUGCAUAAUAUGAAAUGUACAGAGUCAGAGUUGCUAAAUGCUAAUUCCAGCAUGUUAUAGGCCGCAUUAUGGUGACCUUCACACUGACAAAGGAAGCUGUUUCUGUUUAAAUCUGCAGACAUUUUUAUGCUAAGCUUCCAUGUAGGAAAAUUAGUAUCAGUAUUGUUAUGGAAAUAUUAGUAUCAGUAUUGCUUGACAUUUAAAGUUGGUGUGCUUAUUGCAAGAGUUGUGUGCAGUCAUAGAGAAAGUGGUUACAAGUUCCAGGCGGGGCACACUUGCAUCCCCUGUACAAGGAUUAGACUCUGAGUGAGACUCUAUAGUGUUGUUCACCAGACAGAGUAGCAGAAAAGCAGGAACCGAAUGUUAUUGUGUUCGUCAGACCGUAAGAGGCAGUCACACCACACUGACCAUAACUGAUUUAAUGAGCCAUAACUGGCUAGGAACCAUAACUGAUUUAAUGAGCCAUUCGCAGUUUCACUGUACCGGCCGUGUGUACUUAGACUUGCAUGGCUUAAUCUUUGAGACAAGCAUAAGGAUCUGCCCGGAGACAGGACGAGGACACCCCAUCAAGGAAGAGGAUAAAGGUUGAGGGACAUUGCAGGGUGGGGCUCACAAACAACAGGAGACUUUGUUGAACUGAGCUCGGAACACUUGUGUCUGAAGCUAGGGAAACUUAGUGUCAUUUGUGAACCCACAUAUGUGUUGUAAGACUUAACUGCUGGACUUAGUAAACUUUGCCUGACUUGAA